AUGAAUCACGUGCUCCCAAAAUCAAAGUCAAAGUCAAGGUCGCCUAACCGCUUUCAGUCUGGCCCGAGGCGUAAGUCCGCUGGGCCCAGUCGUGCCAGACGAGUCAGAUCGCCAGGCCGGGCCGGGCCGGGCAUAGCAAUCGCCGGAUUCGCCGUCGCCUCAACUAAGUGGCCGGGCGCCCUGUUCCCUAUGCCAAAGUCCAUUCCGACAACGUAG